AUGUUGCAUCUGGAGCAUCGGCACCGCCUGGAGCUGGAGCAUCGGCACCGCCUGGAGCUGGAGCAUCGGCACCGCCUGGAGCUGGAGCAUCGGUACCGCCUGGAGCUGGAGCAUCUGCACCGCCUGGAGCUGGAGCAUCCGCACUGCCUGGAGCUGGAGCAUCCGCACUGCCUGGAGCUGGAGCAUCCGCACUGCCUGGAGCUGGAGCAUCCGCACUGCCUGGAGCUGGAGCAUCCGCACUGCCUGGAGCUGGACCAUCGGCACCGCCUGGAGCUGGACCAUCGGCACCGCCGGGGGCUGGACCAUCGGCACCGCCUGGAACAUUCCUACGACCUGGAGCAUUAG